AUGCGGUGGUGCCUCACUAUCCUCUCGUUCUGCUUCUUGGCAGUUGUACAUGCUCUAAGUAGUUCGGGCAAUCGCCUUCUGGUAAUUCUGGAAGAUGCCGCAGAAAAGGAGCUUUACACGACAUUCUGGGGGGAUCUAGAAACUCGGGGAUAUCAGCUUACCUUCGAAUCGCCCAAGAAUGACAAGCUCUCUUUGUUUGAGCUUGGAGACCGGGUUUACGAUCACCUACUCCUCCUCCCUCCCAAGUCAAAGGGCUACGGACCCUCUCUAAGCCCGAAGAACAUCAUCGAAUUCCUAAACAAGGAUGGCAAUGUCCUCCUCGCCCUGUCUGGCAAGUCGACAACCGCCAGCGCCAUCAACUCGUUGCUUCUGGAGCUGGAUUUCCAUAUCCCCACCGAUCGCUCCUCCGUCGUCGUCGAUCACUUCAAUUAUGAUACCCUCUCUGCGCCCGAGAAGCAUGAUGUCUUGUUGCUCCAGCGGCCAGGUCAAUUGAGACCUGACCUCAAGGCUUACUUCGAUGGCCCGGGUGUCGUGGCUUUCCCCAAGACUGUUCCUCACACCCUGGGUGACGCAAACCCUCUUAUCGCGCCUAUUUUGCGAGCUCCUGCGACGGCUUACACUUACAACACGAAGGAUGACGCACCCUCGGUGGAGGAUGUGGAGGCUACAGGUUCGCAGUUGGCACUUGUCUCUGCUAUGCAGGCUAGAAAUUCUGCCCGCUUCACUUUGCUGGGUUCGGCGGAGAGUCUGCAGGAUAAGUGGUUCACCACGACUGUCAAGGCUCCCGGUGAUGGGAAGGAGACGAAGACUGUCAACCAGGACUUUGCUAAACAGCUGACGGCGUGGACUUUCAAGGAGACUGGUGUCCUCAAGGUGGGAAAGGUUCAGCAUUACCUUGCUGAAGCUGGCGAGGUUGCGCUCGAGGACCUGAACCCCAAGAUUUACCGGAUCAAGAAUGACACUGUCUUCAGUAUUGAGAUUUCCGAGUACGAUUACGAUCGUUACGUGCCAUUCCAGGUGCCAGCCGAGGAUGCUGUUCAGCUGGAGUUCACUAUGCUCUCUCCCUUCCAUCGCCUGAACUUGGAGCCUUCCCACAAAACUCAAAACAGUACAGUGUACAGCACACGCUUCAUGACCCCGGACCAGCAUGGAAUCUUCUCCUUCCGGGUAAAUUACAAGCGCCCCUUCCUCACCAACAUCGAGGAGAAACACGAGGUGACUGUCCGUCAUUUCGCUCAUAACGAAUACCCCCGCAGCUGGAAGAUCAGCGGCGGAUGGGUCUGGAUCGCCGGUCUAUGGUCCGUUAUUGCCGGCUUCCUUGCUUUUGUCGUCGCGUGGCUCUACUCAGCACCUCCUGCUGCUGCUUUGAACACCAAGAAGACACAAUAA